UUUCGACAUGAAUUAUACAGAGUCUAGCCUGCUGGCAGAACCAACUGUAAUAGGUUUUACGUCUGAGUUAGAAAGCGUCACCCCUGUGCCUUCCAAUGAGACAACGUGUGAAAACUGGAGAGAAAUACAUCAUCUCGUUUUUCAUGUAGCGAAUAUUUGUUUUGCAGUUGGUUUGGUUAUUCCAACUACUCUUCACCUUCAUAUGAUACUUCUCAGAGGAAUGUUAACCAUAGGAUGUACCCUUUACAUCGUCUGGGCCACACUCUACCGAUGUGCCUUGGAUAUAGUGAUCUGGAACUCCGUGUUCCUGGGGAUCAACAUUUUGCAUCUUUCUUAUCUUUUGUACAAGAGAAGACCGGUCAAGAUUGAAAGAGAACUCAGUGGCAUCUACCGGCGAUUGUUUGAACCACUCAGGGUGCCUCCGGAUUUGUUCCGAAGAUUAACUGGACAGUUUUGUAUGAUCCAGACCUUGCGAAAGGGCCAGACAUAUGCUGCAGAGGAUAAGACCUCAGUUGAUGACCGUCUGAGUAUCCUGCUGAAGGGAAGAAUGAAGGUCUCCUAUCGAGGGCAUUUUCUGCAUAACAUUUACCCCUGUGCCUUUAUUGAUUCUCCUGAGUUUAGAUCAACCCAGAUGCACAAAGGUGAAAAAUUCCAGGUCACCAUUGUUGCAGAUGAUAACUGCAGAUACUUAUGCUGGUCAAGAGAAAGAUUAACUUACUUUCUGGAAUCAGAGCCUUUCCUAUAUGAAAUAUUUAGGUAUCUUAUAGGAAAAGACAUUACAAAUAAACUCUACUCAUUGAAUGAUCCCACCUUGAAUGAAAAGAAAGCUAAGAAGUUGGAGCACCAGCUCAGCCUGUGCGCACAGAUCUCCAUGCUGGAGAUGAGGAACAGUAUGGCCAGCUCCAGCGACGGCGAAGACGGCCUACAGCAGUUUCUGCGGGGUUCCUCCAGCGUGUCCUCUCUCCCCUUGUCCUCCCCACACCAGCGAGCUUCUGCCAAGAUGAAGCCCAUUGAAGAAGGGGUGGAAGACGAUGAUGAGGUAUUUGAACCAGUGUCUCUAAAGACGCUUCAAGCCCAUCAGUUGCCUUGAUCAGAAUUGAAGCUAUCAAGCUGGAAGUUAUCCUGAAGAGAUCCUGAGAAAUACCAGCC